UACAACUCAGGUCUGCGACCAUCGGGGUGCGAGACGCGUCGCAGGAAUCGGACAGAGGUGCGUCCUGGGCACAGAGUGUGCAUGAUGUCCGCACCGUCGUCACUAUUUCGACACACCAUAUUCAGGUGCUCGCAAACGGCGCCGUUAGUUCCGCCAUGCAGUCUUCGCUCUGUCUCCUUCACACGGAAAGCUGCUGCUGCUCGUUUCUACGCAUCGGCUGCCUUUAGAGCUCGUAAAGAUGUUGCACGGCGGGAAAAAUACAAUGCGAAACAACUCUCAGCUCAAACAACUGCAAAGGAUAGCCCUUUAAAGCACAACCCAAGCAUAUGGGAACAGUCAAGGAAGGUCCCAAGCGCUGCUAGUCCUAGGAUACAUGAGACGGAAAGAUCCAGAGAAAUACUCAAAUUAGAGCCCACCUCGAAACCGCUUGCGGAAGAGGCAGCAGCAGCAGCAAUACCAGAUCUGCCUUAUUCGACUAGCGAUGCCAUGUCGAUUGACACUGCUGUGUUAAAGUCACAAAACGUUGAGAAACUGCCGAGUAUCACGCAAAGUCCACCUGCAAAGAGUUCACCGUCGAUAGUAGCACCAGUGCGAGGUAUAGAGCGUCUUCUCAUAGACUUGAUGAUACAAAAGAAACCUCUGCUUUACGAAGCCCCGAAUCAAGGAGGCCUCAUUGGUGCUUGUGUGUUAAUUGGUUUCACCCUAUUGACCUUUAUGGGGGGCGUGGCUAUGCUCAUACCGGAAAUUAUCGCAUCUGAGGUUCCAGGAUGGGCAAAGAAUACAUACAUUGCUGUUGUUGGAGCUGCGAUAGCGGCUCUAGGCUAUGUGGUUAUGUUUGCGCCUGCAAAUAUGAUCAAAAAUAUCACAUUGGUCAGAAGUGGCAAUGAACUGGUACUGCAGGCCAGAGUUAUGUCUCAUCUGAUCUUCCGACGCAAGACGCACACGCGAAUCAUUCGCUUACCAGAGCUCUCCUUGUCAGAACCUGUCCAUAGCAUCGCCGCUCGAUCAUCCCAUCGCCUAAAAGUACAAAAGGCACAGGACCAGGCCAUCCAGCUUUUGAAUCCCUUCCAGCGCUCGUAUGCGAAGCUUGCACGAGUCUCGUGGAACAUCUUUGUCAGUAUGAGUGUUGCCGUUAUGAGAGACGGUAUGAUUGAUACCAUGAAGAAUGGAAAAACCAUUGGGAAGCUUGAUGCUCGGGGGUGGUGUGCAGAGGAGGGGAAAGUUUUGGACCGUAUCGUUGCCAGAGAUUGGUCGAAAGAGUUCAAAUCAGCGAAAGACCCUUGAGCCAUACCAGGUAUAUAUGCUUUUUCAGGGAUUGCAUGUCUUGCGUCGUCAAUCUUGACGCUUUGUAUAUAUCAGAACUUGUAAAUAUUAGAGGUUACGUGUAUUGCAGCUGACUAUUGAUAUGUGUGCUUCUCAACAGCUGCUGCGGGUUGCUUCAUGAGCAAUAGUAGCACAUGGGGAGAACGCAAUGGUUAUCCUAUCACUCGGUCACGUGACUCGAUUAGCGAUAGCCUAUAAGCAACACC